AUGUGUAUCUGCCGCAGUGACCCUUCUGGCCGACUAAGUUUCGAGGGCAAGCUGGUUAUACAUGCGACCGGCGUAGACUUCUCGAGCGGGCAAUCUUUCGCGAUAAAUAUGGACCAAUUGGAACUCUACGAAGACCUCGGAAAGGGCAACUAUGGCACCGUCAAGCGGGUACUGCACAAACCGACCAAGGUUCUCAUGGCGAUGAAGGAGAUUCGGCUAGAACUGGAGCAGUCGAAACUCAACGCGAUCCUCAUGGAGCUUGAUAUCCUACAUCGAGCGGUCGCUCCGGAGAUCGUCGAGUUUUACGGCGCCUUCUUCAUCGAGAGCUGCGUGUACUUCUGCAUGGAAUUCAUGGACGCGGGCAGCAUGGACAAGCUUCAGGCGGGAGGCGUACCAGAAGAAGUCUUGGCACGGAUCCUUGCGAGCAUGUGCCGUGGGCUCAAGUUCUUGAAGGACGAGUUACAAAUCAUGCAUCGAGACGUCAAGCCCACGAACGUACUCGUGAACCGCAAGGGUCAAAUCAAGCUUUGCGAUUUCGGGGUUUCAGGUCAACUCGAGAAGUCACUAGCCAGGACAAAUAUCGGGUGUCAAUCCUACAUGGCCCCUGAACGGAUAAAGGGCGAAUCGGUCGGCAGUCUCGGCGCAUACACGGUAUCCUCCGACAUUUGGUCCGUUGGCCUGACCGCAAUAGAAAUGGGCAUUGGGCAAUAUCCAUACCCUCCAGAAACGUACUCGAAUGUCUUCGCGCAACUCACCGCAAUCGUUCACGGUCCACCCCCGGAACUGCCUGAGGAACGUUUCUCAGCCAACGCCAGGGAUUGGGUCGAUCGAUGUCUGGAGAAGAUUCCGGAACGCAGAGCUACCUAUGCGGAGCUACUCGAACAUCCAUGGAUGAUCGAAGAUCAGUCACGCGAUGUCGAUAUGCCCGCAUGGGUCGCAUUCGCCAUUACUCAGCGAGACGUCAAGAAUACCCAAGGCGGUGACCAGUCGCUUCAGCGUCCGCAGGCGGAAGAUCCGCCAGUAGACGUGGCAUAG